AUGCACCCGCACGACGGCUGCACGGCGAUCAUUGCGAUCGUUGGGUCCAACUCCAACUUCAAGCUGGACCUGGGUUCCACUACUUCUUUCCGCUCUAGUCUCUAUGGCGAGGAAUCUUACGCGCCGCGUAGCGACACUUGCCUCGAGAUUAUUCGGCUGAACGCGCUCGCUGCCGAAACGCCCUUUCGUCGCCCUCUCUCUCGCCCCUCUCUUCCCGUCGCGCUCUCUCUAUCCGCGCUCUUCCCGUCGCCUCCCUUCCCAUCGCGCUCUCUCUCCCCCCUCCCUUCCCAUCGCGCUCUCUCUCUCCGCUCCCUUCCCGUCGCCCUCUCUCCCGUCGCCCUCUCUCUCCCCCCUCCCCUCCCAUCGCGCUCUCUCUCUCCGCUCCCUUCUCGUCGCCCUCUCUCCCGUCGCCCUCUCUCCCAUCGCCCUCGCUAUCUCCUUCGCUAUGUCCCGUCGCCCUCUCUCUCCGUCGCCCUCUCUCCCGUCGCCCUCUCUCCCAUCGCCCUCGCUCUCUUUUUUGUUAUGUCCCGUCGCCCUCUCUCCCGUCGCCCUCUAUCUCUCACGUCGCCCUCGCUCUGUCCCGUCGCCCACGCUCUCUCCCGUCGCCCCCGCUCUCUCCCAUUUUGCUCACGCAUCUCUCUUCCCGCGUCCUCGUUUGUGCUGCACUAA